AUGCUGUCAUUAUAUAUAGGUGUCUACAGGGCAUUGUACGAUUAUGUGGCCCAGUCUGAUGAAGAACUUAACAUUAGUGCUGAUGACUUGUUAUACUUGUUAGAAAGGUCAGAAGUAGACGACUGGUGGAAAGUUAAGAAAAGGGUAAUUCCAGCUGGCGACGAAGAAGUUGACGAGCCAGUUGGGUUGGUUCCAUCGAAUUAUAUUGAAGAGGCGCCAAUUGUUGAUAAAGCUACAUCAUUAUAUGACUAUGACAAGCAAACAGAGGAAGAAAUUUCAUUUAAGGAAGGUGAUCGGUUUAAUAUAUUUGAUAUGAACGAUCCGGAUUGGUUUUUGGUGGGAGAUGCUCAGACUAAUCAACAAUUUGGGUACGUUCCGGCAAAUUAUCUCGAAGUUGGUGAACAGCAACAACAACAAAUUCCAGCACAACCUCAGACUCCUAGUCAAGGUCAAAGUGCUCCUGUUAUGUCUUUUGCUAAUUUUGCACCACCUCCAACCCACCGUGACAGGGGUAUGUCUGCGUCUCCGCAAUCACAACCACAAUUCCAACCACCCCCAGUGCAUCCAUCUCAAGCUCACAAUGAACCCGAGGAAUAUGAAAUUAAUGAGCCUCAAGAACAAGAGGUUCUUGAUAAUGAUAUUGAUGACGAUGAUGUCCCACCUCCUCCAAUGCCUUCUAGACCUUCAAAUGAAACUCCAGUUAGAGAAAAUAAGUAUCUUCCUACGCAGUACGGCCAAGAAGAUGAAGAAGAUAUUAAGGAUACAAAGGAACAUAAAUUUGAUGGUGAUUAUUUUACUUGGUAUAUAGAUGAAGUUGAUGGGCGUAAGAAGAGAGCUGUCAUAUUUUCAAUCGGUCAAGGAAAUGUAGUUUUAAAGCCAAACACAACAAAUCCUAAGAAACUUAAAUUAAAGUCUGCAUCGUCUCUUGAUCAGCAAUGGAAAAUUAGGGAUUUGACUGAUUUCAGCCAUGAGAAAAAGCAUUUAUUUUUAGAAUUUAAGAACCCUAGUGCUUCAAUUGAAUUGCAUACAGGCACCAAAGAUGUAGCCGAAGCAAUUAUGUCUAUUUUAGGAGAUUUAAAGGGUGCUGAAAAUGCUAAAGGAUUACAGGAGGUUGCUAGAGCUUCUCAGGCUUCGACAGGAGGGUCGAACAGGAAGAUUGGAAGACUUAUGUAUGAUUUCGAAGCACAAGGUUCUGAUGAAUUGAUGAGUAAGGAAGGUGACGAAGUUUAUAUUGUUAAUGAGUCAAAAUCUAAAGAUUGGUGGAUGUGUCAAAAUGUUGAAACUAAAAGGCAAGGUGUUAUUCCAUCAUCCUAUAUUGAAAUUGUUGGAACCUCAAACUUGGAGAAAUUGACAGAAGGUCCUCAAAGACAAAAAUCUACGAGAAGCGCUAGAUCCUCUAGGGGUAGGGUUGUGCAGAAUGAUGAUCUCGGUCACAGAAAAAGUAAGAAUCAUCAUCGUACCAGAGAAGAGCGUAACAAAAUCAGAGAAAAUGAUCGUAUGCAAAGAGACAAAUCCAGCCACGGUGAUUCAAAUGAUAAAUCAAUGCCGAAUUACCAUAGGGUUAGAACGUGGAUUGAUAGUUCGGGCUCAUUCAAGGUUGAGGCUGAAUUCUUGGGCUUUGUUGAAGGCAAGAUUCACUUGCAUAAAACUAAUGGUGUAAAGAUUGCAGUUGCCGCUGCAAAGUUAUGUCUCGAGGAUUUAGAAUACGUGGAAAAGAUAACAGGAACAUCCUUAGAAUCAUAUAAACAGGAAGUUACAAAGCAAAAUGUGAAAAGAGCCAAGCCUCAUCAAACUGGUGUUACUCAAUCAGCUACUUCCGCUAUUAAUGAUAUAGCUCCACCUCAACCCACAAGGCCAAAAACGACAACUGCUAUUUCGACUAGCGAACCGGAAUAUGAUUGGUUUGAGUUUUUCCUUUCUUGUGGUGUGGAUCUUGGCAAUUGUCAACGUUAUACUCUUAACUUCAAUAGAGAACAAAUGGAUGAGAAUAUUUUAGCGGACAUUAACCCUUCACUAUUACGUACAUUAGGUUUAAGGGAAGGUGAUAUUUUGAGAGUAAUGAAAUUCUUAGACAAUAAAUUUGAUAGAAAGAAGACAACCGCCGACGAACCAAAUGUUCCGGCGGGUGGCUUAUUUACAGAACCGACUGGUGCGUUGAAAAAUAACAAUUCAGCAGCGGAAGUUUUCAAAGUGGAUCCUAAAGCAUUACCAUCUCCUCUGAGAUCUGAAGAACAGAUCGCUGCACAACAAGCACAAUCCAACAAAUUUGAAGAUGAUGCAUGGGCAGUUAAACCAGCAGCUAGAUCCAGUGAAGACGUAUCAAAGCCCCCUGCCCCUGCUCCCACUCCUGCCCCUGCUCCUCAACAGCCACAGUAUACAGGUGCAUUGCAAGAUUUGGUUAAUAUCAAACCAUUAGAACUGAAUAAUAAGAAUGUACCGCCGCCUGCUCCUCAACAAGAACAACAACCAACUGCGCCAACUUUAACUCCGGUUAAAACUGGAAAUGGAGUAUCCUCGCAACCAACUAGCGGAGCAGUACCGGAUCAACGUACUGGUGGUUUAGUCCCUGUUCAACGUACUGGUGGUUUAGUUCCUGUUCAACGUACUGGUGGUUUGAUCCCUGUUCAACAGACGGGUGGUCUUAUGCCUGUUCAACCGACUGGAUUUAUGCCAAUAACUGCUCAACCAACUGGAUUUAUCCCAAUCCAAGCAACGGGAAUUUUGCAACCUCAACUUACUUUUGGAAUUGUUCCAUUACAAACUGGUGCUACCACUUUUACGGGGCAAGCAACUGGUCAGCAACAAAAAACUGGCAACAACAUUCCGCAAACAACUUUUGGUCAACCUGCAUUCCAACCAUUGCAAACUGGUAAUGUGACACUUCCUCAAACCUCAUUUGGUCAAGCACCAAUGAUGACUGGCCAAGCACCAAUGAUGACUAGCCAAGCACCAAUGAUGACAGGUCAAGCUACUGGUGGGAUGCCAUCUACGUCAUUUGGGGGCCAGUCAUUAUCUUUGCAAAGAACCGGUCCUAUGGUUCCAGCACAGAGAACCGGUGGCCAAAUUACCGGAGGCAUGAUGCCUCAGACCAGCUUUGGUCAAUCGAACCCUGUUAUGAUGCCACAAACAUCAUUUGGUAUGCAGAACACUCUGAAUAUGUUCCAACAAAUGGGAGGACAGACCACUGGUGGAUUUCAGCCUAAUGUCAUGCAGCAACAACCAUCAUUUGGGGGACAAGCUACUGGAGGAUUCCAGUCAAUUAAUAACAAUAUGCUGCAACAACCUUCGUUUGGCAACCAGAUGCCUGGUGGCUUCCAACCUAAUAUGCAACAACAGCCUUCUUUUGGUCAACCACAGAUGAUGCCACAAACUAGUUUCGGUAUCCAGCAACAACAACAGCAACAACAACAACAACCAUCAUUCAACCAGUUCCAGCAGCAACCUGAUAUGAACCAAUUGUCGAAUAUGUUCCAAAAUACGGGCAUUAAUGGAUCAAAUACAUUUAACCAGCCCCAAGCGCAAUUUCCCACGACAACAUUUGGUCAGCAACAUCAAUUCCAGCCUUUACAAUCACAACCUACAGGUGCGGGAUUUGGUAACGCUCCAUCUACCUUACAAAGCCAAUCUACGGGCGCAAGAAGAGCUAAUCUUCAAGCUGCCACACCUGAUAAUCCUUUCGGAUUUUAA